ACCAAACCAGAAAAACUAGUAAACGGCGUCGUUCCAAAUACCAAAUAUAAGAAGAGAGGUCUGUGGAGGUUUUGAUUCAUACUCCUAAAAGAAUGGGAAAGGUCACAGGCAAAGUAGAAGAAGAAGAAGGUGAAGCUAUUGAAGCUCUAGGUUCUCUCUUCAAGCUCACUCAAAUCCACCUAUGGGUCGAUACAGAUACUCAUUUAGUUCCUCUCUCCCAUGAACACAGCAGUGUUGAUGAUACUUCUGGAAUUACCAACAUUAGGUCUGAUGAGAUGGGAUUGAUGAAAGAGAUGAAUGAUCUCGGUCUUCCGGUAUCCUUUCGAGCAAGCAAAGAGUGGAAGAACAGAACUAGAGGGUAUCAAAAGAAAGGAAUCAAGGAUCGAUUAGACGACGAGGUUAAUGUUAUUCUCCAAGAAGAAGAAGAUAAGGAUUUAGCAGUCAAUGUAGUUUUGGUUUCUGAUUUGAAGACUCCAGAAGAGGAGGUUGACAUACCGUCUUUGGAGGACGAUUGUGUUCAAGUAACUGUAGUUGAAGAAGAAAAUCAUGAAGUUGUUGUAGAGAGAUGUGUUUUGGGAAAUGGAGAUGGAGACUCAGUGUUGGCAUCAGAGACAAGAGAUUCUCAUGACUCUAGUGAAUGGAAGGUCUACUGGGAUUCGUUCUAUGGACGAAGUUAUUUUUACAAUGUUAAGACACAAGAGUCCACAUGGGAGCCGCCACUUGGGAUGGAGCAUCUAGCUUAUAGCGAUGAAAGCCAUAACUUGAAUGAAUUGGUUAUAGAGACAACAGAGAAGCCACAUGAUGAGCUCUUUGGAGCUGGACCUGCUGAUGAUGUUACCACUGAAAAAGCUGAAGAUCUUGGUGGAGUUUGUCAACGCCAAUGUGAAAUAGAAGCCCUAGAGGAAGUUAACAGUUCGAUUGAUACAUACCAAGAAACUUCCAUUGGAAAUCAAUCUUUGGAUAUUACUACUCUUGAUAAAGAGGGAAACGGUGCAUACGUUGUCAGUUCUGUAAAGAUGGCUAAUAAAGAGUCGAGAAGAUCUCGAGCCAAAAAGGAAUUACUCAAUUCGUACACAGGGACUGGAAUGAAAGGUGUUCUUGAAGAAUAUUCUGCAAUCCUUGGCAAGUAUUGGUGCCAAAGAUACCUCCUCUUCUCCAGAUUUGAUGAAGGCAUCAAAAUGGAUGAGGAAGGAUGGUUUUCUGUCACUCCUGAACUUAUAGCUAAGCAUCAUGCCACACGCUGUAAUGAAGGCAUAGUAAUUGACUGUUUUACAGGAGUUGGUGGAAAUGCUAUUCAGUUCGCAUCAAGGAGUCACUAUGUGAUUGCAAUUGAUUUGGAUCCAAAGAAACUUGAUUUAGCACAGCAUAAUGCUGCCAUAUAUGGUGUUGCUGAUAAAAUCGACUUUGUGAAGGGAGAUUUCUUUGACUUGGCGCAUAACUUGAAGGCAGGCACUGUAUUCCUAUCGCCUCCUUGGGGAGGCCCUGAUUAUCUUAAAGUGAGUACGUAUGAUAUGAAGACAAUGUUGAGACCUCGUGACGGAGAGGCUCUAUUUAAGGCGGCCAUGAACAUUGCGUCAACAAUCAUUAUGUUUCUACCAAGAAAUGUUGAUAUUAACCAAUUGGCAGAACUAGCCUUAUUGACAUCUCCUCCAUGGUCACUAGAGGCAAAGAAGAACUACUUAAAUGGGAAGCUGAAGGCGAUAACAGCGUAUUACAGCUACAUUGGUAUUAGUAAUAGUUUGGUUGCCGGCGGCAGCCGUGACUGCGGUGUCGACAAAGGUGGAGGGAGCAGCUGUGACUGCGAUGUCAGCAAAGGUGGAGGCGUCAGCCAUGACUGCGGUGUCGGCAAAGGUGCAGGCGGCAACCGUGACUGCGGCAAAAGUUGUGAUGGUGACGGUCAUGGUAGAGGCGACGGUUGUGGUAGCACGCCUGUGGUGGUGGUUGUUGUGACUGUAGCUAUGUGUAACGAUUGAAUUAUGCAAAUUUAACUAUUUGUCCAUUUCUUUUUUUUAAUUUCUCCCGAUUGGUUUGGAGUUUGGACUGGUACAACACAAUCUUUUUACCUGUUAUAUAUGUUCAUCACACAAUGUAACAUCGUCAUUCAGACUUCUUUAAUAAAAUUAAUUUAAAAUA